UGAGGAGCGCAGUGGGACUUGGUGUUGGCAGGAGGCGCGCGCGCAGGGACAAGACAGCAAGAGACUCGAUCCUUAUAUCCGACUUUCGGUUUUUAGGCGUUUUUUUUCUCGAGCAACUUUUAGAUUUGUAACAGGACUAUCUUCUUAAAAAUAGUUUUAGUUCUGGAUUAAUAAUGCCAUGAUUGAGCUUUAUAUUGUAUGGAGAAUGCAGAGGUAAUGGUUUCAUGCCAGUUUUGUUAAACGGGAUAUGAACAUGGACGCAGUUGCACCGUAGGUUUUUGGGUCGGACGUUUCUGAAAGAGAUGGGAAAAUGGGAGUUAACCAUGGACCCAGUUCAGGAGUGGGGUGAGGAGUUUGAGGAUGGCGCCGUGUUCGGCAUCACACUGCGCAGAGAGCCAGUACAGCAGUCAGACGAGGCCGAUGAGGCAGCCGUGGCCUCUUCCUGCUCUGCGUACGUUCAAUACCGUACAUCUAAAUUCCGGAGACUGAAAGCAGCCACCCUGAAUCGUGUGGUGGAUCACCUGCUUGACCCCUGCUGCCAAGAGCAGGACUAUGGGAGAAUACUUCUUUCUACAUACCGGACCUUCAUCAGCACCACCAAACUCAUUGAGAUGCUUUUCCAGCGAGAUAGUCUUGACUCACAGCUAGACAACAGCAAGUGCCAUAAGAGUGCUCUAUGGACUCUACUCCAGACCUGGCUGGAUGAGUUUGCUGAGGAUUUCAGGGAUCCUCCAAUGCACUCUUCAUUGCGCUUAAUGUGCCUGCAGCUGAGGCGACACACCUCUCUUUCGGCCCUGGCUAAAUGCUACGAGGCGCUCCUCAAGAGAUUUCAAGCAGAAGAUGCUGUAAAUAAAGAUCAAGCCUGUGGGGAGCAGGAGCUUGAGUCAAGUCAGGGAGAGAAGGACUUGGAUGACGAAACCAAUCAGGGCGACUUCAUGGAUUUCUCUGCCACAGAACUUGCCGAACAGCUCACCAGACAGGAUGCUGAGCUGUUUGUGAAGGUAGUACCCUUCCAGUGUCUGGGCUGUGUGUGGUCUCAGAGAGAUAAGAAGGAAAACCUCUCGCCCACCAUUAGUGCCACCAUCUCUCAGUUCAACGCUAUUACUAACCGUGUCAUCACGUCACUGCUUUGCCCCGUCACAUCUCCUUCAUCCACUCCAUCAUCCAGUCUGAACCAGAGAGCAAGAAUCAUCGAGAGGUGGAUACGUGUUGCUCAGGAGUGCAGGCAGUUAAAGAACUUCUCCUCCCUUAAGGCCAUUUUGUCUGCGCUCCAGUCCAACCCGAUUUACAGGCUGAGGAAGACCUGGGCUGCAGUGAGCAGAGAAAGUUUGAGCACCUUUGAGAACCUGUGUGAAACGUUCCCAGAUGAGAACUGUGUGUUGACCAGCAGAGAAAUCCUUGUAGAGGAUGGGAGCCAGGCAACCAUGGACAAUAUUUUAUCCAAGACAUCCAAGCAGUGUCCUCUGGCCAAACAGAUGAACUUCAACAGUGGAGUCGUGCCUUACCUGGGAACCUAUCUCACUAUACUCACCAUGCUGGAUACAGCACUGCCUGAUACUGUGGAGCGUGACUUCAUAAAUUUUGAGAAACGCCGGAGGGAGUAUGAAAUUCUGUGGCAAAUCCGACAGCUCCAAGCAUUCUGCUCUCAAUACACGUUACCCCACCAUCCUCAGAUUGCAGACUGGUUACAGUGUCACAAGCUGCUCACGGAUCAGGAGAGUUAUGAAUUGUCCAGACAGCUGGAGCCACCUCUGGACAGCUGCUCACCAUCCAGCAGUACAGCCUCAAAUCACAUUUCACUUACCAAAAGGCUCACUUCGCUCUUGAAUGUGUCCGAGAGCUCCAAAAAGAAUGCUGACGAGAUUAGUGUCUCUUCCUCGGGAUCCAGCAGCUCUGAAAUGGAGGAUCUUUCCACAAAUCAGUCAUGUCCUCUUGUAGCACAGUCACUCUCAAGCUUCAGCCAAAACAUGGCUGAAAGCAUUUCUUCCUCUUCUCCGAUGAGCUCCACCAGCUCAUCCACCAGCUCAUCCACCAGCUCCACCACCAUCCCCUCCACCAUCUCCUCCACCAGCACCCAUGCUAACUUUAUCCUCUCUCUACCAUCCACUUCAAUAGCUCCCUCUAAGCCUGGCCAUAAGCGAUCAGUCUCCAUGACCUCACUGCCCCUGUACAACAGGCAGGUGGCUGACUCGUGCAUAAUUAGGAUCAGUGUGGAGAAUGAAAACAAUGGCAACAUGUACAAAAGCAUCCUGCUGACAAGUCAGGAAAAAACAGCCCAGGUGAUCGAAAGGGCCUUGCAGAAACACAACCUGGAGAAUGACAGUGUGCAGGAGUUUAAUCUUGUCCAGAUGUUGGCUCAAGGCAAAGAGCUUAUCAUUCCAGACAAAGCCAAUGUCUUCUAUGCCAUGUCUACGUCAGCCAACUAUGACUUUGUUUUACGCCGUUGUCCAAAAGGCCAGCGGAAACAGCUCGCUCGCUCAGCAUCAAUGUCAACAGCCCGGGCUAUGAAAUAACUUUUAGGAGAAACCAUGUAAAUGUAAUUUGCUUAGAAAUCUGCACAAUACUAAAGUUUUUUUACAGGAAAUGUACAUAGAACAUAUGUAUAUAGUCAAACCUAUUUAUGCUUAUUUAAUGGUGGCUAUUUGCCACUUUGAUAUUUUUUUCAUACUUUCGAUAAGUUGAAGCUCACUUUGAACUUAAAUGUGCACAGAGUUUUGAAGCAGGUGCUAAAACCUGCCAAAAAUGUAAAUGCUUCAUAUUUAGAGAACUAUCACUGUUGUAUAAUGUGUGCUGGAUUGUAGCAGUAACCCCGCAAGCUAGAUUUGUUUUUGAGGGCAAAAACAGCAGAUACAGAAACUGUGUAAAAUACUGGGAAGACUGUGUCAAAAUGCAGCUCACACACAAACACACGCACUCAUCAAAUAGUUUUGUUGUUGAAACGAGCAUUUCUAUCACCUCAUCGUUGCAGUCUUAGCCUACCAGAUUGCAUAAUCAAGUGCAUUAUAGUAUUUAGUCUUCAAGGUCUGUACCAUUUUCUCCUAACACAUACUGAAGUUACACAGUUACCUUCAAGAUUUUUUCAAGUGUGGACCUGCAAUUCAUUUCUAUACAUCAGACUUCAUUUUGUUGGUUAUUUGAUCAUUGGCAUCCUUUUUUUUUAAUACGAAAAAAUUUACAGGUGACUUUCAACAAGCUAGCAAUUGUUCUGUACUGCAAAUAUAGUUGAGUGUGUAUCACAUGUAGGCAUCACAUUAACAUUUAAUGUCAAAAGCCAUAUUUAUAUAAGUACGUUUCUUGUUUUUUAACCACAUAUCUAAUGUAUCAUUGAUCUUUCCAAUGUCUUUGUAGAACAGCUAACCUUUUUUGCUAUUAUACAGACAGCUAUUUGCAGCUUGAGAACUCAUGAUAUAAGUCAAAAAUCUUGCCUGCCUUUAAAGUGGACAUAGGUAUCAAAGACACUCAUUAAGAUAAGUGUUCCCUUCCCAUGCAGCAGCACCAUGGUGAUAUUGAUUGGGCGUAUACUUUUGUGUGUGCGUAUGUGUGUGUGUGAGAGAGAUAAAGGUACUGUACAGACAAGCACAGUGGCAUUCCACCAUCACAAUUAUCGAGUGAUAGAAAGCUAAUCAGCAGUUGCUGCAAUGUUUAACAACUUCACUUAAAUGUCUCACACUGUUGUCCACUUGUUCCUGACUGAGACUUUCGAGAAAAAUCUGUUGCCACUGAUGUCUAUUUAUUUUUCCGUGCUUUAAAAUAACAGUUUGAACUUAUCUGUUUUUAUAGGAGAAACAUAUUUUCUUGUUCCUCAACACAGAUGUAUUCUUUGACUCUGCUGUUUAAAGUAGAUUUGUUCUUCUUACAAAAGAGUAAUAUUGUGUAGUAUCCGAAUAAUUCUGACUUUAGUAACAGAUUUGGAAAAGAAACUAUCACACUAAUAAUUACUGUAUUGUAGUGCACUGUAUUUGGGACUUGCUCUGCAAUCCAUAGCAUUUCAUUUUCUUACUGUACAUACUGCUUAUGCAUGUACAAGAAGCAUUUCUUUAAAGAAUAAAAUGAACUUAAACUGUU